AUGCUCGACUCCUUUGAAGUAACUAAAUUAUGCGAUAGCGAACAUGUGAGCAGCCAUCUAAUAACAAUCGGAUCAUUCAACAUUUUAUGCGAAUUGCCACUGAACCCUAAGGAAAUACUGAAUUUUAAAAAAAGCUCAAUUAGAUGUAGAAACACAGAAAAAGAUAAAUCAUUAGAAGAAAAAUAUAUAAGAAUAACCAACUUAGAGACGAAGGACUUAUCAAAUAUAUUGCUAUUAAAUAUAAGCAAUGUUCCAUUAAAGAUUCAUAUAAUUUUAAUUUCUUGUAGUGAAUGUUUUAUGGGGUUACCAAUAUUUUCCAAAUAUUUUGACAUAUCAGAAACGCAAAUAGUUUGCACAAAGUUAACUUAUACCUUUUCUCUAAGUGCAGUAGAAAAUUUACAGACGAAAGAAAAUUAUUUACCACAGUGGAAUGAAGAAGAAAAAUGCCAAAAAAUAUAUAAUAAAAAGGUGUUUAAUAGUGAUGAAUAUUUUGAUUUAAAAUUAAGUUUUCGAAAUUCAUUACAUUUAUUGUCAUAUAAAGAAAAAAUAUGUUUCCAGCAAAAUGAGGAACUUAUAUACAUCACUCCAUACAGUAGUGGGUACUCCUUAGGUAGUUGUAAUUUUCUCAUUACAACAGAUCUUAUGAACAUAUUUAUAAUCAACAAAAGUUCAUAUAACAUAAAAAGACAUCCCUCCCCUUUAGAUUUAACUUGUUUGGAAAAGGCAGACUUUGUUCUUUUCACAUCUUACCUGCCUACUAAUCAAGCAUAUCUUAAGGAAAGAGAAUAUAAAAAUGACUUAUUACCUGAGGAUGAAAAUUUGUCUAGUACUAAGGGUGUCUCAUGUUUGGACGAGAACUUGUUAAACUUUUCCACUGGAGAUGGGUUAGUAAUUCCUCAGAUAAAUCUCAAUGAAGGCGAUAGAAAAAACACGGAAGAAAUACCAAAGGAGGAUAAAUCUCCAGAGGAACGUACCAAAAAAAAAAUAAACAUGUGCAUUGAAAAGAAUUACAAGGACAGUUUAAAUAAAAUAUGCUCCAUUGUUCUAAGGACAAUAAAAAGCAAAGGGUGCGUACUGAUACCUGUAGAUUUGCAUUUUUUGUAUUUUCUAGAAUUAAUCGAAUUGAUUGGUGUAAUUAUCAGCAAACAUUUAGCCCAAGAAGAACAAGUAUUAAUCUUUACCAUAAUAGGUAAUAUAAAUAAUGUUAUACACCAAGCUAAUUUAAGUGCUGAAUGGGUAGAAGAAUCCAGAAAGAAAAAGUGCAGUAAAAUAUUGAAUCCACAAGGACCAUUUUCCAUAGAAAUUAUGAUAAAAAACAAUCGAUUAAUUAUAGGAAAUGAUAUAAAUGAUAUAUCGAAAUCGUUUAGAUUUCCAUGUGUAUGUUUUGUUCAAGAUUCAACUUUACGAUUUUUCGAAUCUCCCGUUUUGUUUGAAAAAUGGGCAAUGGAUCAAAAUAAUUCUAUUCUACUAAUUGACCCACAUUACAACCCCAUAUCAGUUUUAUCUCCUUUUCAUAUUUAUGAUAAAAAAAUAAAUGUAUUUUAUUGCCCACUUUUUUGGGACUUAAAUGAAACAUCCAUUUGGGAUAUAAUAAAUACAAACAAUAAUAAAAAAUGUUUUUAUCUACUACCACAUCGGUUAGAAAGUGUAUUCAGUGCAUUUGAUCUAAGCUCACAAAUAAACAUUGUUGAUGUAAGUGGAAAAGUUGACAACAGUAUUAGCGAAAAAAACAGGGAUGUAGAAAAUUAUAAUAAAAAUGAAGACCAUCCUGCAUACAGCAGCAACAUAAAUAAUAAACCACAUGGAGAUAAAAAAAAAUAUAACAUAAUAUAUAUUUAUCCACUACAAAAAAAAAAUAUCGGUUAUAACUAUUUUCGACACUUGAAUAAAGAUAUGCACUCUGUCUCUUUUAAUGUUGAUGGUACAAAUAAUUUAGAAAAAAUAUUAACAAAGAUAGAUGAUAAUUAUUAUUGUGCAAAUGUGAAAUGUACAUAUAAUAGUAGCCAUUUCGGGGAUUUUAUAAAUGAAAGUCAGAUGGAAAAAUAUAAUGAUAUUGAUAAUUUCAGUGAACAGAAAAAUAAAAAAAUGGAUAAUGCGUAUUUACGCGAAAAGGGCGUAAACCUCAUGUUUGGGUCUAUACAAGAAGAAGAAUUCAUGAAUAAUCUAUUACAAUUUGGAUAUAAUAAAAAUGAUUUAAUAAUACAGCAUUGCGAAAGAAGAGAAUCCGACCUGGAGAUUGAUAACUAUUUAUGGUGCAUUACCAUUAACUCAAUUAAUUCCAAAAUUAUAUGUUAUACAAAAUAUGACAUCGAGGUAUUUACCAGCCAUCAGACGUUACGACAGCAAGUUAAAGAGAUAAUCCAGAAAAUCACUACUACAAUGUGA